AUGAAUAGUUUAAUUCAAAAGAUUAAAGGAACAAAACAUCAACAACAACAACCAGAACAAUCAUCAAAAGAGAACUUUGAUGAUAUAGAUAUUGAUCAUAAGGAUUACAAACAUCAAGCAACUAGUGAACCAUCGGAAGCAAUCAAACAAGAAGAGAAAAAGUAUGAUCAAGCAAGACAAAUCUCUAUCAUUGUUAUUGGUUGUGGUAACAGAGGUUACGUUUACACUGUCUAUGCAAAGGAAAGACCAAAUAGAUUAAAGGUUGUAGCUGUUGCUGAUCCAAUCAAAUUUAGAAGAGAAAAGAUUGGAGGUUCUUUUAAUUUACCUCAAGAUCAAAUCUAUGAAAAUUGGAAAGAUAUAGUUGCAAAAGAUAAAUUUGCAGAUGCAGUAUUAAUUUCAUCACCAGAUGUUUAUCAUGCAGAACAAGCAGUUGCAUUUGCAAACAAGGGAUAUAAUAUCUUGUUGGAAAAACCAAUGGCUACUAGUUUGGAGGAUUGCAAGAGAAUUGUUGCUGCAGUCAAGGCAAACAAUGUUAUUUUAGCUGUUUGUCAUGUACUCCGUUACACUCCCUACACUCAAAAGAUCAAACAAUUGAUCGACAGUGGAAGGAUUGGAAAGGUUCUCAAUAUCACUCAUCUUGAACCCGUUGGUUAUUUCCAUGCCGCCCAUUCCUAUGUCAGAGGUAAUUGGAGUGUUGAAGAGAAAUCAUCUUUUAUGCUUUUAACUAAAAGUUGUCAUGACUUGGACCUUAUUCAUUAUUUUAUGGGUGAACAUUGCAAGAAAAUAUCAUCAUUUGGAUCAUUAUCAUAUUUUAAAAAAGAGAAUAAACCAAAGGAAGCAGGUGAUGCAAAAUCUUGCUUGGAGUGUCCUAUUGUAGACCGUUGUCCAUAUUCUGCCAAGACUAUCUAUCUUCAAUACUAUCCAUGGAAACGUGAAGUUGUUGUUCCUGACAAAGAACCAACUUUACAGAAUGUUAAAAGUGCAUUGGUGGAUGGACCAUACGGAAGAUGUGUCUAUGGAGGUUGCGACAAUAAUGUCGUCGAUCAACAAGUUGUAAACUUGGAGUUUGACAGUGGCAACACGGCUAGCUUUUCAAUGGUUAGCUUUACACAGGAAAUGUGUGUCAGAAAGAUUGUCAUUCAUGGUUCACAUGGUCAAUUAAAAUGUGAUGGUUAUACAAUUGACUAUGAUGAUUUCUCAAUGGGUGACAAAGAAAUAUUUAAACCUGAAAUGGUUGCUGAUACAAGAUUGACUGGUCAUAAUGGUGCAGAUUACUACUUGGUCAGAUCUUUUGUCUACGCAGUUGCAACCAAUGAUCCAAGUCAAAUUCUUUCAAGUGCAGAUGAUACUUUACAAAGUCAUCUUUUAGUAUUCAAUGCUGAACAAAGUAGAAAAGAAGAAAGAGUUGUUAAAUGUUAA